AGGCUUGUAUCAUUGCCACUUGCUUUGAGAGCGAAGAGAGAGUUUCCAGACAGGCACUUGCUAAAACGAACAUACAGUAUCUGAGAGGGAAAGGUAAAAAAAAUCCCCAAAAUAAAUCACUUUGCCAUAUUGUGCUGAAUGCUAAGUAUCCCCCACAGCUGUCUGGACCAGAGAACAUUUCAUAGACUCAUAGAAGAAAUGAGGGGAAUUAUAGAGAGAGUCCCUCAAAGGUGUGAAGAACCCUCCAAAUACUCAUACCUUCAAAUCUAAUCAGAAUCACACUAAAGAAAACAAAAACCAGCAGAAGUAAAAGGGGGGCUUAACUUCCUAACAUCACCUCCAGUGGGGGGGUUGAAGUUUGCUUUUGUGUGGACUGUACCAAACUGAAGGAUUACUUUUUGCCAGCAAAGAGAAAUUUUGAUUGCAUUUAUUUCAAUUUCCCUCACUGUGGGAGGAAAGCUGGGGUGACAAAGAAUAGAGAGCUUCUUAUGAAGUUUUUCUGUAGGUGAGUAAUGUGAAACUAAGUAGCACAGACUUAUCUCUUACCAUGUGGUCUGCUGAGCCACUCUCUAGAAGCUGCAUUUUGGUUCCUGAAACUAGUGCCUUAAACUGAAAGCAAUUUUCUGGGACUUUAAAAAGAUGGUUUAGAAAGGGCCCUUUCCCCCCAUGUACUUUACCAUCACUGUUCUGUUUCUGAGUGUCCUGCAAGAGUAUUACCAGCUGGUUCUUGUUCUAGCUGUGCAGACAUGCUCACAGAGAAGGGAGAGGUCCAUGUGGCUCUUUGCAAAGGGCAGGGAGGGACGCCUGCUGACCAGCCAAUGAGAGAGUGGCACAACAGCUGGCAAGUUGUGGCUAUGGCAGCGGAAGCAGGAUUUAUCUUGAGUGAUGUUCAUCCCUUCAACUUAGAGGAUGUUCAUGGAUAUAAGUGCACUGGCUACAGUUACUUUACCAGAUGGUGCAUUUGUGUGUGUGUGCAUUGCCAGGAGUCAGGAUAAAUCCUUCCCUGUAGAAGGUGCAUUAAACCACAUCUUCACUUGGGGCUUGCCAUUUCCACAUCCCAGGCCUGUGAUCUGCCAAACUGAACUGGAGGGCAAGAGGGUUUCCUUCCAGGUUCCAGAAAUAUUUGUGGAUAAAAUUAACAGGCGUUUCCUAGAUACCAAUUCAGAUCAUCCUGUAAGAACUAUAAAUGAAAAGCUCAUUGCUCAACUCAGUCAAACCUUCCCAUUACAAAGGGUUGACCACUCCCUGUCUCUCCUGCACCAAGGCUGCCUCAGUGCUGUUCCUCAGUCAAACGGCUUUUGGAUCAUUCCCAACACAGAGGAAAAUCCAAACUCUGAUCCUAUAGGUAAGGGAACAGCAAGAGGUAUCUUAUUUCCUGGCGUUCGUUUCUGCAGGGACAUAGACCAAGAUGACAGAAUGAAGACUCAGGAAGGAGACCCGCUCUCAGAACAUUAUCUUAGAUCUUCCCUUCUGGUUCAUGUUCAGGAUGUGAUACGAAGGCUGAGCUUUCUCCCUGGGACUCUGCAUGUUCUCAGUGGGCCUGUCUUUAGGAAGUGUCUGAUCUCUCCACGCACACUGCCUGUUUUUCAUGAGACUCUUUUUAUGUGUGCAGUUGAUAAGGGUACAGAGGGCAGCUGUAUCCAGAUGCUUAUGGAUAAUAUUAAGAACACUUUAAGUUCUCUGCUCCCAUCUCUUUCAUGUUUUACAUUGAACUCCACAGUGGAAGAACCAAAAAGCUCUGAAACAAUUGAGCUAAAUGAUUCAGUCAGGCCUGACCCUCACCUUGAUAAAACUCAAUAUUUCAUCUGUGUGAAAACUAACACUUCAGACUCCAAAGCCAGUGUCUCUUGCAUAGGAGCCAUAUCAGCAGCUCCCUGUGGGCCAAUAAGCUGUGAACUGGGCAUUGUGUGUGCAUCAGUGAAUCUUGACCUGGUAGCCAUGCAAAUUUGUGGAAUUUCUGACUGGCGAAUGCUAUGGACUGUAGAUGAGCGUUUUCUGAAUCAGUUUAUUGGAGGAGAGUUAGGACCUUUCAAGAGCUUUUCACUCUAUCCACCUUCCUAUGUGCACGAUGUCAGCUUCUGGGUUCCUGAGUGUGAACAGUUUGACGAAGUGGCAUUUCACACUAUUGCCAGGUGUGUGUCACAGGAAACUGUUGUGUCCAUUCAACUCCUUGACAGAUUUCAGCAUCCACAAACUGGACAAAUCAGCCUCUGCUACAGACUAACCUUCCAGUCCUGUGACAAGGCUCUUACUCACCAGCAGGUGGCAGAGAUGCAGAUGCAGUUUAGAAAGGAGAUACAGCAAUGUUUGCAGGUAACUCUUAGGUAAAUCAUUGUAUGCUAUUUUUGGACCUUCAUCAAUAGCACCACUUUGCUGUGAGAAGCCUGGACUUCAUGUUGUAUGGUCCCUUAACACUGUGUGUUACUAUUAUGUUUAGCUAAAUUCUGCUCCUUAUAAAGGCUGUGCAGAUUAAUUUUAAAUGUUACAUAUCUGUCUUUAAUUUUGCUCUCAAAAAUAAAUUCCAACUACCUUCCCCUUGUC